AGAAGAAGAAGAAUAGAAAACAGACCACAUGAAAGCACGUGGAGCCCGUGAAGGCUUCACGGUGGAGCUCAGCUCAAUGCAACCCAGUAGAACCUAGCUGGCCAAUGGAGAUGUUUUGCGUACCGUUCUACGCAUAUUUUAUCACCUUAUUGAUAUCACCGAAUAUUAAAGAAAGAUAAAAUGAUACAUCUUGUACAUCAUGAGUAAAACCACGGACAAGAUACUAUUAAAAACGGCCGGUCUUUCUCAUGACUGUUAAAAUUUGUGAGUGACUGAUCGUGACUUGCGAGUUGUGACCACAUUCACUACAGUCACUGGAGUCAUCACACUGACCACCGUUGCAACCAAAGUACCACAACAGUAUCGUAUAUCAUUGUUCGAAGAAAACGUGGCUUAAAUGAACGAUCCUCGGUGAGAAGAUUACAGUCAUGAACUGCCCGGAACUCGUUUCUGACUACCGUAACCCAACAAUCAAAUGGUAUCAGACAGAUCUCAGCGUUAUUAUUUCUAUUCAAUUGACCGACGUAUCCGACUACUACCUCCGAAUUGAAAAUGGUUGUUUACAAUUCAGUACAGAGAUAAACGGCAAGAAAUACUACCUCAUUCUGUAUCUGUUUGGAGCAGUGGUAGCGGAAAAGACAGUGCACAAAAAUCUCGUGAGAGAAAUUAAGAUCUAUCUUUUGAAGGCACUCAAAUGGUAUCCAUGGUUAAGAUUGAUCAAAUCCAAAGAAAAGAAUCCACUUAUAUCGUACGACCCAGAACGUAUAGAAGAGACAAAUCACGUUCGAAAUACUUAUGACAUAGGCAGAUUCGAACGGUACAAACGUGAACAUAAUAUAACAUAUUUAAUGCCUGUUGUGCCAUCUAGCGAUGAAGAAGACUCUGAGGAUGAUUAUAUGGACUUUGUUCACUACGGUUAAUGUAUUGUAUCAAUUCAAUUUCUCUAAUGUAGAUUUUUAACACUUAGGCCCGUAUUCAGAAC